AUGAAGAGCCUCAAGUCCCGCCUGAGGAGGCAGGACGCGCCCGGCCCCGCGCCGUCCGGCGCCGCCGCCGCCGUCAGCGCGCAAGCAGCAGAUUGGAACAAAUACGAUGACCGAUUGAUGAAAGCAGCAGAAAGGGGAGAUGUAGAGAAAGUGACCUCAAUUCUUGCUAAAAAGGGAGUAAAUCCAGGCAAGCUAGAUGUAGAAGGCAGAUCUGCCUUUCAUGUUGUGGCCUCAAAGGGAAAUCUUGAGUGUUUGAAUGCCAUCCUCAUACAUGGAGUUGAUAUUACAACCAGUGACACCGCAGGAAGGAAUGCUCUUCACCUGGCUGCAAAGUAUGGGCACGCACUGUGUCUACAAAAACUUCUACAGUACAAUUGUCCCACUGAACAUGUAGACCUGCAGGGAAGAACCGCACUUCAUGAUGCAGCUAUGGCAGACUGUCCUUCUAGCAUACAGCUGCUCUGCGACCAUGGGGCCUCGGUGAAUGCCAAAGAUGUAGAUGGGCGGACACCGCUUGUUCUGGCUACUCAGAUGUGUAGGCCAACAAUAUGUCAACUGCUGAUAGAUAGAGGGGCGGAUAUUAAUUCCAGAGACAAACAAAACAGGACUGCUCUCAUGCUAGGAUGCGAGUAUGGUUGCAAAGAUGCAGUAGAAGUCUUAAUCAAAAACGGCGCUGACGUAACCUUGCUGGAUGCCCUUGGCCAUGAUAGUUCUUACUAUGCAAGAAUUGGUGACAAUCUGGACAUUCUAAACUUAUUGAAGACAGCAGCGGAAAAUUCCAACAAAGGGAGAGAACUUUGGAAGAAAGGACCAUCUUUACAACAGCGAAAUUUGUCUCAGAUGCUAGAUGAAGUAAAUACGAAGUCAAAUCAGAGGGAGCAUCAAAAUAUUCAGGAUCUGGAGAUUGAAAAUGAAGAUCUGAAAGAGAGAUUGAGAAAAAUUCAGCAAGAACAGAGAAUAUUAUUGGAUAAAGUCAAUGGUUUACAGCUACAGCUGAAUGAGGAAGUAAUGGUGGCUGAUGAUCUGGAAAGUGAGAAAGAAAAGCUGAAGUCCCUUUUGGCAGCCAAAGAAAAGCAACAUGAAGAAAGCCUAAGAACUAUUGAGGCUCUGAAAAGUAGAUUUAAGUAUUUUGAGAGUGAUCAUUUAGGAUCAGGAAGUCAUUUCAGUAAGUAUAAAAAGGAUAUGCUUCUUAAACAAGGUCAAAUGUACAUGACAGACUCACAGUGUACUUCCACAGGCAUGCCAGUCCAUAUGCAAAGCCGAUCUAUGUUAAGACCACUGGAGCUAGCCUUACCUAAUCAAGCCUCCUAUUCGGAAAAUGAAAUUUUAAAGAAAGAAUUAGAAGCAAUGAGAACUUUCUGUGAUUCAGCAAAACAAGACAGACUCAAACUCCAAAAUGAACUGGCUCACAAGGUGGCGGAGUGCAAAGCCUUAGCAUUGGAAUGUGAAAGGGUGAAAGAGGAUUCAGAUGAGCAGAUAAAGCAACUAGAAGAUGCCCUGAAAGACGUGCAGAAGAGAAUGUAUGAGUCAGAAGGCAAAGUGAAACAAAUGCAGACACAUUUUCUUGCCUUGAAAGAGCACCUGACCAGUGACGCAGCUGCUGGGAGCCACAGGCUGGCGGAGGAGCUGAGGGAUCAGCUGCAAGACAUGAAGGUGAAAUACGAAGGCGCGUCCACGGAAGUGGGGAAGUUGAGAAACCAAAUCAAGCAAAAUGAAAGGUUAGCUGAAGAGUUUAAGAGAGACGAGGGCAAGCUGAUGGAAGAGAAGAAGCGACUGCAGAAGGAGCUGAGCAUGUGUGAACUGGAGCGAGAGAAGAGAGGAAGGAAGCUCACCGAGAUGGAAGGCCAGCUAAAGGACUUGUCAGCCAAGCUGGCCCUUUCUAUUCCAGCAGAGACAUUUGAAAACAUGAAGAGCUUGUUAUCAAAUGAAGUAAACGAGAAGGCAAAGAAAUUAAUAGAUGUGGAAAGAGAAUAUGAGAGAUCACUUAAUGAAACUAGACCAUUAAAGAGAGAACUUGAGAAUCUGAAGGCCAAACUGGCUCAGUACGUCAAACCAGAGGAACAUGAGCAGCUCAAGAGCAGAUUAGAGCAGAAGUCAGGAGAACUUGGGAAGAGGAUCACUGAGUUAACAUCGAAAAAUCAGACGUUACAAAAGGAAAUCGAAAAGGUCUGCCUGGAUAACAAGCUCCUUACACAACAAGUACAGAACUUAACAGCUGAAAUGAAAAAUCAUUACGUCCCUUUAAAAGCAAGUGAAGAAAUGAAAAAGUCGCAUGAUGUAAUUGUUGAUGAUUUGAAUAAAAAGCUUUCAGAUGUGACGCACAAAUAUACAGAAAAGAAGUUGGAAAUGGAGAAGUUGCUUAUGGAAAAUGCCAGUUUAAGUAAGAAUGUCAGCCGCCUGGAAACUGUGUUCAUACCUCCUGAGAGACACGAGAAAGAGAUGAUGGCUCUCAAAUCCAGUAUCACUGAACUUAAGAAGCAGCUGUCUGAACUUGAUAAAAAAUGUGGUGAAGACCAAGAGAAAAUACAUUCACUCAUGUCUGAAAACAGUGAUUUGAAAAAGACCAUGAGUCAUCAGUAUGUGCCAGUGAAAACCCAUGAAGAGAUUAAAACUGCCCUAAGUAGCACACUGGAUAAAACCAAUAGAGAAUUAGUAGAUGUGAAGAAGAAGUGUGAAGAUAUAAAUCAAGAAUUUGUGAAAAUAAAAGAUGAGAAUGAAAUAUUAAAAAGAAAUCUGGAGAACACUCAGAACCAAGUGAAAGCUGAGUACAUCAGCCUAAGAGAGCAUGAAGAAAAGGUGAGCGGCCUAAGGAAGAACAUGAAGAAGGUCCAGGACAACAGCGCUGAAAUACUGGCUAACUACAAAGAAAGCCAGGAGGAGAUUGUAACCCUGCAUGCCGAGAUCGCAGCCCAGAAAAGAGAGCUCGACACGAUACAGGAAUGCAUCAAGCUAAAAUAUGCCCCGAUCGUCAGCCUAGAAGAGUGUGAGAGAAAAUUUAAAGCCACCGAGAAAGAACUAAAAGAACAGUUAUCCCAGCAGACACAGAAGUAUCAUACCAGUGAAGAAGAGGCCAAGAAGUACAAGCAAGAGAAUGACAAGUUGAAGAAGGAGGUCCUCACUCUUCAGAAGGAUCUAAAGGAUAAGAAUGUUCUCGUUGAGAAUUCUCAUGAAACAGAAAGAGCAUUAAGCAGAAAAACAGAAGAGCUGAACAGACAGUUAAAAGACCUGUUGCAGAAAUACACAGAGGCAAAGAAGGAGAAAGAGAAGCUCGUGGAGGAAAAUGCCAAGCAGACUUCUGAGAUCCUUGCAGCACAAACUCUUUUGCAGAAGCAGCAUGUUCCGCUGGAGCAGGUUGAGUCCCUGAAAAAAUCUCUUAGUGGUACAAUCGAGACACUCAAAGAAGAGCUGAAGACUAAGCAGAGAUGUUAUGAGAAAGAGCAGCAGACAGUGACCCAGUUGCGGCAGAUGCUGGAGAAUCAGAAGAACUCCUCUGUGCCCCUGGCUGAGCAUUUGCAGGUUAAGGAAGCAUUUGAGAAAGAAGUUGGAAUCAUAAAAGCUAGCUUGAGAGAAAAGGAAGAAGAAAGCCAAAACAAAACCGAAGAGGUCUCCAAACUCCAGUCUGAGAUUCAGAAUACCAAACAAGCGUUAAAAAAAUUAGAGACUAGGGAGGUGGUUGAUUUGUCGAAAUAUAAAGCAACGAAAAGCGAUUUGGAGACACAGAUUUCCAACUUAAACGAAAAACUGGCCAAUCUGAAUAGGAAGUAUGAGGAAGUAUGUGAGGAGGUUUUGCAUGCCAAAAAGAAGGACCUGUCGGCUAAAGAUGAGAAGGAAUUGCUCCAUUUCAGCAUUGAGCAAGAAAUCAAAGACCAGCAGGAACGAUGUGACAGGUCCUUAACAACCAUCACGGAGCUACAGAGAAGAAUACAGGAAUCCGCCCAACAGAUAGAAGCAAAAGACAAUAAGAUAACUGAACUGCUCAAUGAUGUGGAAAGAUUAAAACAGGCCCUCAAUGGCCUUUCCCAGCUCAGCUAUGGGAGUGGGAGUCCCAGCAAGAGGCAGAGUCAGCUGAUUGACAGCCUGCAGCAGCAGGUCCGGUCCCUGCAGCAGCAGCUGGCGGAUGCCGACAGACAGCACCAGGAAGUAAUUGCAAUUUAUCGGACACACCUUCUUAGUGCUGCACAGGGUCACAUGGAUGAGGACGUGCAGGCCGCCUUACUGCAGAUCAUACAGAUGCGCCAGGGGCUCGUGUGCUAGUCGGCACCCGCCGGCCCACAGCGGCUCUCCCUGCUGGUGCUGAGCAUUCUCUGUGCCAUGGCCUUUCUGGGCCUCGCUGUGCUCGUACAAUUAAAAUAAAGUGUGUCUUGAUCCAUCAGUAGGUUUUUAAUUGAGACAGAUAUGUUACUGAGUUCUUUAAUGUGAGUUCAAAUCUUAUAUUCUGUGUAUGUUACUUUUACAAUUAGACAAACAACAUUAACACUUUGGCUUGGAUUGUUUGAAUUGAUUGAGUACCCAGUAAAACCUGAGCCAACUGAGUGGGUCCAUUUGAAGAGGGAUUAGGCGGAAAUAAUUAUUUAAAGGUUUCUUCCAGAGAAAUUAAUUGGGUUGGGAGACACUUUUAAGUGGAUCAAAAGAUCUUUCAGGUCUUCAGUCAAGCCAUGAGACCUCAUGAAGUUUCAAGGAACACAUGGUAACUUGGCCAAGUUCCAUUUUUAUUCAAGUAACUUAAUGAAUGCCUUUGAUUUCUUUUGGAGGUACACAUUUUUUUUCUUUUUACACUAGUAACAUUUAUGCCUUUUAAAGUAAAUUUCAUUUCACAGAUGGUUUGCAGUGCUAAAUUACAUUUAGGUUAAGAACAGGCAAGGGUGGAAUA